GACAUUUACUGAUUCAAAUUCGAUAUUCGUUAGUUGUUGGUAUUUUUUUUUACCCUUCAAACAUUCUUGCAUUCAUUUAGUGCCUACAUUUUAUAAAAUUUAUAAAAUAGUUUCUUACUCCGUACCUCACCGAUAGUGCUCUAGUUCUUGUGCGGACAACAACAGCUCAACAGUCAUAAAUAAUAUGUCUUAUUUAACUUUUGAAUUACCUUCAAAGCAUGAGGAGCUUUUAACUGAUCGAGGAGCUUAUUAUGUUAAAAAUGUACAUGAACCAAAAGACAUCAUAGACCAAUUGAAAGUGGCUAAGAUGUUAUUUAAAGAAAUGGGAAUAGAGUUUAUACUUGAAAGCUUUGAUGUAUUUUACUCUGUUUUAUAUCAAGAAGAAAAUUUACCUUUGGAUUUAAUUUUCAAAGCUUAUGAAGAUUUGCAUUAUGCUACUUCUAAUCUACAUAAAACAUUGAAUUUUUUGUUAACUGACAAGUCAUCAGUUAAUGAAAAUGAGGAGUUAAAACAAAAGUACCGAAAUGUUAUAAAGAUGUUAAUUUAUAUUUAUCUAGAAAUCGUUUCAACAAUUGAAAACAAAAAUGUAAAAACUGCAAGAAAUGAUUAUAUAGUGAGUAAACCAAAGAAGAAUGCUGUUACCCAGUUCAAUUUAAACAAGAAAGAGAUCAUUUUAAAUCUGAUUCAUUUGCUUGAGAAUGAUAUUGCGAUAUUUUGGGAUCCUCCUAUUGUUGAAGAACAAUUUAUAAAUGUAAUCGCCGAACUUUGUUAUAUCUUUUUGGAAAAUCCAAUUGUACGAAAAGAAAAAGAACAAAAAGCAGAGAUUUUUAAUUUAUUAGGAAUACUCAUAAAAACGUACAAUUAUAGUUCCAUAUUUGCUGCUAGAAUUGUACAGUUAAUCAAAGAAAAAAACCAAGAGCACUUGGUUCACUGCAUCGCCGAAGACAUUAAACAAUUAAUAGAGACUGUUAACUGUAAAGGAUUAUUUGGUGUACUGGUUAGAGAAUUGACUGAAUGGCAGAUAGAUGCUGAAGGACUUCGUGAUAACCAGGGUUCACGUGUAUGUUCCCAAGUUUUAAGUGCCUUAGGCAAUGCAAUGCCACAUUUGAUUUUUUCAGAAAUUCUAUAUUUGGAUCGUUACUUGAGUCAUGAGUCGGUGAGCCUAAGAAUUGCGGUCUUAAGUAUCAUGACCGACUUACUAAUUUUUAUUUCGCAAAAAGAACAUCCAACUAAAGAUGAGAUGCAGUGUAAAGGAGAUAUAUAUAUUGUUUUUACGGAUCAUAUAAGGGACAAAUCCCCAUUUGUCAGGUCAAAAGUUUUUCAAUUUUGGGCUACUUUGUAUAAAGAACACGUUGUACCAAUGGAUGAUGUCUUUACCGUAAUGAAGAAAAUUGUUGAUGUAUACUUAUUCGAUAAAGCACCGCUAGUUCGAAAAGCGGCGGCAAAUUGCCUUUUAACAUUUUUAUCUUAUAACAAAUAUGGAUCGGAGUUAUCCCUGUCAGAAAUGAGGAAGGCAGUAGAAACCAGACAAGAGAUGAUUAAGCCACUUUCGCCUCUCAUUGAAAAAGCGAAAGAGCUUAAACAGAAAGAAUACCAAGAGGAAUGGGAUAAAAUGCUUCCGGAAUUUAAAAAGACCAUAUACGAAGAAUUGGAAAAGAAAGAUCCAGAAGUAAAUGCUGAGAAACUGGAAAUGGACAAAACUCAUGCGUGUGAAAUUAUCCGGUCUUACAUGACAAAUGGGAAUUUUGCUGCCGCUUUCCAAUUGUGGAGGGAUGUAUUUGACGAUUAUGAUAACAUGAUUGAUGAAAAUGACGACAAAGAUAAAAUCGUAAAUGAAUUUUUGGAAAACCAUUUCAAGAACGUCUACAUGCAAGGCUUGCAAUUUCUUCAAGCGUUGGAGGACGGAAUGUUGCAGCUUGAUGAUUGCACUAUAACCUUGGAUGAUGUCAAGAGAUAUGAUGUGUUAACCGAACAAAUCGCUUAUUACACGGAAGCAAUAAAAUUCGCGGAAUUAAUGGAAAAGAGCAUAGUAGAAAUGGUGGAGCUUCUCGAAUCCACCACAAUAAGCGAUAUUCAUGAAGCAAUAGAAUUUUUCAUUGCAGCCUACCGCUUUAAAUUGGAUAAUGCUCAUAUUGGCAUUAACGCCAUGGUUAGAAUGGUGAAUGUAAACGACGCGGAACGGAAGGAGGCGUUCCUAGAGGCCCUCAAAACGAUUUACCUAAAAACGGAUAGUCCAUCAGGAUUAAGUGAGCACUGCGAAACGGUAGUGCAAGGAUUGAUAGGUCUAUUAAAAACCAUUACCCGUGCUACCAUGCAAUCUUUUGAAACGAUGAUUGCGGAAUGGACGACAAGAGGGUCCCUUGAUAACCAUAUAAUCAAUCAUCUAUGGAACUAUUUUACUGGUAGCAUAAAAGUAUCCGAGGAAGAAAAGCACGCGAGUCUAGAACUUUUGAGGUGUACCGCCCUUAGUAGGAAAACUAUAGUUACUAAAAACAUUAACUUGGUUAUGUCAAUAGCUUUGAAGGAUCCCGGUAGAGAUAACGUAAAUAUGAGAUUAAUGGGAACAGCUUGUCAUUUCCUAGCAGUAGCAGGAAAUGAAAGGGUGAACGUAACGUCUGCAGAUCCGUCAUUCAGAAUAGCAGCGAAUGAUCCACUUUUCCAACAAAUUUUUCAAAUUAUGCUUAAGUACUUCAGUGAACCAGUCCCAUAUUAUUAUAAAUUUAUGGAGGGUGCAAUUGAAUUUGUUUACAAGGUAUGCGGUAGACCGGAGCUACACGUAGAUGCGUUCCUAUAUGAGAUCUCCAAAAAAUUACAUAAGUUGAAGACGAUGCAAAAAGGGAUUAACCGUUUUAUGUAUAUCAGAUUCUGUCAAAUAUUGGGACAGGUGGCAAUUAAAGUUUUAGAUCAUUUAGAUGAUUCAGUUUAUAGAGAAAUGAAGAGACGCAAACACAUUAAAGAAGAACAAAAGAAAAAUAAAAAAUCAAAAUCGAAAUCUAAGAAACAAAUGAACAUUACGUCUGCGACUCACCAAAGUAAUAUUCAAUCAAGAAAAUCUUGCAGAGAUUCUAUGCCAAAUGCAUCUACUAGUAAAACGGCUGACGAAACACAAUUGGACGACGGAGAUUAUGAAGACGAGGAUGCAGACUAUUUGUUGGAUAUUCUUGAAAAUCAUGUUGUCAGAGGAGAUGGCAUGUUAGCACGUUUUGCAAAUAUUCUUAUUGAGGUCGCUCAACACCCCAAACAAUUUAACGACGAAACGUUACAAGCAACUGCUGUUAUCGCAUUAAUAAGGUAUAUGUUAGUCUCGAGCCGGUUUUGUAGGGACGAAGUUCAGCUUUUGUUUACUAUACUUAAAAAAUCCAAUUUUCCGUCAGUUAAGGUAACUAUUUUGCUGCAAUUAGCUGACCUUUUAAGUAGAUUCCCAAAUAUUAUUGAGCCGUGGAUGUCGACAAUUUUUGAAAGGUUAAGGAAUCCGAUACUGGAUAUCCGGGUAGCAGCCUUUCUGACGCUGACCAGACUAAUAUUACAAGAUAUGGUCAGGCCCCACGCUCACAUUCAUCUAAUAGCGUUGACCUUAAUAGAUGAGGAUGAAGAUUUGGUUAAAAAAUGCCACGUGUUCUUCACGGCUUUGGCGAAGAAAGAAAAGAAUUUCAUAAAUGUGAUUCCAGAGGUAUUUGGCCACUUAAUGGAUAAUGAUAGUGUCGGCGAGAUUUCGGAUCAAGACGUUAAAUAUAUAAUGAAGUUUCUUUUCGGAUUAAUAGAUAAAACUAAACAAAUGGAGAGCCUGGUCGAAAGAUUCUGUGACAAGUUUGAACAGACUGAAAACUUGGACCAACAAAGGCAUAUCGCUUUUUGUCUGUCUUUGAUUGAAUAUAACGACAAAGCUCUAAAUAAACUUCACAAUAGUUUUAAAAAGUACAAGCAUCUCAUGCAUGACGAGGAAAUUUACGCGAGCUUCAAAAGUAUAAUGCAAGCCACGAAAAAAGUGCAAGCAGGGAAACGCGAUUUAAAGGAGCAAGUAUCUACAUUUGAGGAAUUAGUAAAGUCCGUUUUUGAAAUGGGCCAAGCUGGACCUAGUGGUAUGAAACCGCCCAAAGCAGCACCAACACCAGCAAAACGGGGAGGUGCAAAGGGCAAAGGUAAAGGCAAAGGGAGGAAAUAAUAAAAAUACACCGAUUCGGAUUAACUUUAAAAUAGUUUUAUAUUCUAAUAUAUUUUCAAUAUUUAAAAGUUUUUUUUUGUUAAGGUUGAUGUGAAAAUUCAGAUGAUAAUUUAUUGUUAUAGUUUAUGGCAGUUGAGAAACAUUUUUUUUUCUUACUGUCUUACAUUUCGGAAAAAAUUAAUAAAAAUUUAUACUUAA